AUGAGGAGAGGCUUGACUCGAUUGAGUUCAAAAAUUAAUCAUCAUCAUCAACAACAUGCUGCCCCAGCUGUGAGAGCACUCACGUGUGCGAAUGCUUCUACAUUUUCCAACUCGCAGCAACAUUUACUUGUACAGAUCAGUAAACAUUAUACGAUAGCGAGAUCGUUUUUUGAUCUUUCGGAAGAUGAGUUACGAAAUGUGAGAGGAAAGGAUAAGAAAACGGCACCAUCAUCUGUUGGAGAAAAUUCAUCAUCAUUACCGUCUUCUUCUUCUGUGUCAUCUUCCAAUUCAAGCACAACAACAGCUUCUUCAACCAGUACUUCAGCUGCCAAAUCAACAUUAAACAAUCACGAGACAAAACAGACUUCAUCCACUACAUCAUCCACCUCUCAAGGUCAUCACUCUAAAGAGGAACAACAGCACACCUCCUUCAAAUUACCUCCAAAACCCGCCAAUCCGCUCACUGGGCAAUGUCUCAAUUAUAAAAUUCUUCACGAAGACAAUUCGGAAAUUCUUUUGCAUGAUGGAAGAAGUGACGAAGUGCAUCGCAUGAUGGAUAUAUUUGCAAAGCAAGAGGGCUACAAUAAUGUCAUGCUCGUGGGAGAACACGGAGUAGGAAGAGACUCCAUUGUACAUGCAUUUGUUCAAACCAUUGAACGAGAAAGAUUUCUUCCUUCCCGAUUGAAAAAUCUAAAAGUUGUGGAAUUGAGUGUGGAAAAUCUCUAUGGAUGUAACGCUACCAAUAAUGUUAGUGUGGCUUUCAUGAAUGCAUUGGAACAACUAGGAGUUUAUGAUCCCUAUGAAUUAGAAAUUCCACCUCAUCCAUCCAAAGCUACAUUCAAGGAAAAAGCAACCUAUUUAUUUGGACCUCAAUCGACCCACUCUAAAACCUUUGUAGAGACUGCUUUUAAUGACAGGCUUAAAAAUUUGAAAGAUCACAAAGAAAGAACCCAUAACGAGAGAAAGGUUCUCUUCAUUCCUGGUCUAUUCAAAAUGGUCGAUGACUAUUCCUACAAAUUUUACGAUAGCAUUUCUUCUGUUCUUCAACCACUCAUGGAGACCAAAAAGGUUCAAGUCAUUGGCUGUAUGACUCCAUCCGAGUUUGCCAUAUUCAAAAACUCACCACUCUAUCCCUUUUUCCAAACCAUUGAGGUGAAAGAGACCAAUGUGGCUCACACGCUGAAAAUUCUUGAAAAGAGAAAAACUUCUAUUGAAACUACACAUGGUGUCAUCUUGUCGAAUGAACUCAUUGAGGAGGCAGUGAGACUCGCCGAUCGAUAUUUACCAACCAAGAACAAUCCUUCCAAGUGCAUUAGUGUUGUCGAUGAAGUUGCUUCUCUUGUUGAGCGAAGAGUUGGCUCAGUACCGCAAGCCAUUUUGAAUUUGGAGGCCAAAAUUAAAAUUCUAACCAUUGAGAUAGACAAGAAUACAAACACACAAAAGGAGACUCUUAUAAAAACUAUAGAAGCGUUGAAAACGGAAUUGUCUACUUGCAAAGAGAAAUGGAAUGAGGAAUUGAACGCAUUUUUGGAAUACAAGAAAAACAAGCUCGAUAUCAAUCGCCUCAAACAAGAGCUUAAACAAUGCAUACAACUGAUUGACUCAUCUGAAUCCCCAUACGCAAAACGAGCUGCAGCCAUUAUUCAGCAAGAUCUUCCUGCGAUCAAGAAUGAAAUUAACAAAUUUAAAGAAUCGCUGCAAAAGAAUGUCUAUGUGAACAUUGUCGCCUCCUUAGAAGACUUGGCAACUGUUGUCUCAAGAAUGGCCGGAAUCAAACCCAGUGACAUUUAUUUUACGUCACAGUCAAAUGUUUCUCUCAUUAACUUGGAGAGUGAAGUCGAAAAGCAUAUUGUUGGUCAAAGUGAAGCCAUUCGAUCCAUCGCUCAAUCUAUCCGAGUGGCAAGGUCUGGAUUAAGGGAAGAAAACAAGCCACAAGGAUCAUAUUUAUUGGUGGGAAGAAGUGGAACCGGAAAGACAGCCCUCGCUAAGCAAAUAGCCAAAGUUCUCUAUGGUAGCGAAGACUUUGUUACAGUGAUUGACAUGACCAAAUACAAUACUCACUGGUCUGUUACGGGAUUAAUCGGUGUAUCUCCAGGCUAUAUUGGCUUUGAAACUGGAGGUGAGCUCACUAAUGCAGUGAAAAGAAAUCCGCAUCAAGUGAUUGUUCUCGAUGAAAUUGAGAAGGCCCAUCCAUCUAUUUGGAACAUUCUUUUGCCCGUCUUUGAGGAGGGAAUGUGUACAGAUAACUAUGGAAAAGCUGUUUCAUUUAGACAUACCACCAUGAUUUUAACAUCCAAUGUAGGAACAAGACGGUUGCAGGAAGAACGAGUAGAUGACAAGGAUCUAACAAGACAAGAAAUUAUUAUGGAGGAGGUAAAGCACACAUUUGUUCCAGAAUUUUUAAAUCGUUUGGAUGAAGUUGUAGUAUUCAAUGAUUUGACAAUGGCUCAUUUAGAUGCAAUUUUAACAUUACAAUUGCAACAAUUGGAAGAACGUCUUUCAAAGAAGAAACCUAUUACAAUCACAUUGACUCCAGAAGCAAGACAAUUCAUUUUAUAUCAGUCCUUCGAUAUUCAAUACGGAGCUAGACCAAUCAAACGAAAUAUUCAUACUUUUAUCUCGUCACCAUUAGCUAAAAUGAUCCUUGAAGGAAAGUUAGAACAAUGUUGUAAUGUCUUAGUGAGUGUAGAGCAAAAGAAGAACCUUUCCUUUACCAUUCAAGUCAAUGAAGAAAAGGAAGAAGAAUAUAGAUCCAAACAAAACAUGACUGAAUUGGAUGAAUUGAUUGAGCUUGAAUAUCAUUACAACAAUGCUUUGAAGAGCACUUCCAAUAAUUCAAAUACUGAAAAUCAAUCUUCAGAUUGUCAUGUUCAAUAG